AUGACUCUGAACUCGAUGAAGCUGGAAGUCCACUUUCAGCAGAAACAGAAUGAAGACGUGGAUGAUGAAGACUUCUGCGCUCUUGGUGGACGAUGGGCCUCUCAGAGCAACAGCGAAAGGUGGCCCCAAACUGACUCACAGGAACACCAUGGAGACAGCUGGCAGAGCAGCUCCGCGAUGAGGAGGUUUUCCAGCCAGGAAAGUGUCCUCACAGACCUCAGUGCUGACUUGGAGGCGAUUUCACUCCACAGCACCAGCAGCACCGGUGGGGCCUCCGCUCUCGGGGCUGGGGCACCCCAUUCGUCCUCCACUCAGAACUCUCCAACCUCCCCCAACCCUCGUGGAGGCUUGAGUAGCCAUUCGCCAGCAGCCCAGUCUUCAGAUGGAAACAGCAGGGAAACACCCAAGGACUGUCAGACACGGAGUUUCCUCAAAAGAAUCGAAUCUCUGAGAAGGAAGGACAAGGAGAUAUUGGACUCUGCUAAAGCUCCAGACAGGGACGGAACUCACAUCGCGCCUAGUUGGAGCUCCCCAAAGGACGCCAAGGCACCUGCCUCUGGGACGCUGCCGCGUGAGCCCAAGUAUGGUAGUAUUUAUUUAGAGGAUUAUGAAACCAGUCUGAACAAGAAAUGGGAUGCCAGAACGUGGGACCACCAAAUUGCAUCUAAAAGAGAUUAUUUAUUCCACGUCCCAGGGGAUUACAAGCCAGGCACUUUCCCCAGAUCCCUCUCCCUCGAAAGCUUGUGUCCUUUGGAGAGCAGCUGUUUGGCAGACUGGAAAUCGACCCCCAAAGCCUCGAGUUCUUUGGCCUGCGGCACUGGCGUCAGCAGUGGUGUCCGCGGGAGCAACUCUCCUCACGCCCUGGAACACCAGCCAAGGAGGCCUUCAAGCACUUUCACAGGUAGCCGCACCAGCCUCUAUGAUAAUGUUCCUGACUUCGGCAGUGGAGACGAUCUCUUUGAUCUGGACCAGGAAAUGAUCUAUGAAAACCUAGAUGACAUCCUGCAGCACGUUUGGGGACUCCAGCAGAAAAUAGAGCUCUGGUCAAAGGCAGUUAAGUUGGACACGGAAGAUGAAACUAUUGGGGUGGAGGAAAGGGAGGACACAGACUCUGGCGAGGAGCCCACCAAUCUGGAGAACCGCUCCAUCUCUGACAUGGGUACUUCCACCAGCGACUUCGAGAGCACGGCCAACUCCCUGAAUGAGACUGAGGAUCCCGAAAUGAGGGAGCGCAGAGACUCUGGCGUGGGGGCAUCACUUACAAGGCCUUGCAGGAAACUCCGCUGGCACAGUUUCCAGAACUCCCACCGGCCCAGCUUAAGUUCGGCCUCCUUAGAGAUCAGCUGCCAGUCAGCAGCUCAGCUCAGCCUUCUCCAGAAGUGCUCCCUUUUCCGCCUCACAGCCAUCGUGGAGAAGUUCUCCGUUCCCCACAAGCAGUCCUGGGCCUGGACUGUUCCCAAGUUCAUGAAGAGGAGCAAGCCCCCAAACUACAGGGGAAAGAUGGUCUUUGGAGUCCCCUUGAUUGUCAGUGUCCAAAGGACGGGGCAGCCCCUGCCCCAGAGCAUCCAGCAGGCCAUGCGCUAUAUCCGAAGCCGGUGCCUGGACCAGGUUGGCAUUUUUCGCAAAUCUGGUGUAAAGUCCCGGAUCCAGGUCCUCAGACAAAGGAGUGAAGCCUCUCCUGAUUAUGUGAAUUAUGAAGGGCAAUCAGCCUAUGAUGUGGCUGACCUGUUGAAGCAGUACUUCCGUGAUCUCCCAGAGCCUGUCUUCACCAGCAAGCUGACAGAUACAUUUCUGCAGAUAUACCAGUUUGUGCCCAAAGAGCAGAGGCUGCAAGCUGUCCAAGCCGCCAUCGUGUUAAUGCCGGAUGAGAACCGGGAGGUUUUGCAGACGCUGCUCUAUUUUCUCAGCGAUGUUGCCUCUUCCGAGGAGAACCAGAUGACAGUGGGAAACCUGGCUGUGUGCUUAGCUCCCUCCAUUUUUCACCUCAAUGUCUCCAAGAAAGAGAGCACUUCUCCAAGGUCAGUUCACAGGAGGGGCACUGUGGGGAAACCAGAGCAGAAAGACCUGAAUGAAAACAUGGCUGCCACCCAAGGCCUCUCCCACAUGAUUGCCAACUGCAAGAAGCUGUUCCAGAUUCCCCAUGAUAUGAUACUGCAGCUCAGCAACUCCUACCUGCUGGCUGAUGCUCAGCCACUCUCCUUACCGGAGCUGAGGAAGCAAAACCUGGAAAGAGAAAUCCAGGAUUCCCACCCAGUCUUGGAGGCCAGCAUUCGAGGCCUGCUGAAGGAGUCAUCCGAACGCUUCAAAGGCUGGACCAGCAUGCUUGCCCCCCCCCACACGGAGCUCUCAUGCAAGAAGGUGGAGGAUGGGCAUCCCCUGCGGCUCUGGAAGGUCUCCACCGAAGUGGCCGCAUCCCCUCACCUGGUGCUCAAGCGGAUUCUCAGGGAGCGGCACUUUUGGGACGAGGACCUGCUGCAGGGCCAUGUGGUGGAGGCUCUGGACAAGAACACCGAAGUAUACCAUUAUGUGACCGACAGCAUGGCUCCGCACCCACGGCGGGACUUUGUGGUUCUCAGGUCAUGGCAGACAGACUUACCCCGUGGGGGUUGCCUCCUGGUCUCCUUCUCUUUGGAGCAUCAAAAGUUGCCACUGGAAUUUGGAGUCAGGGCCACGGUGCUCACCUCCCAGUACCUGAUGGAGCCUUGCGGAACAGGACACUCCAAGGUGACACACAUCUGCCAAACUGAUCUCCGAGGGAGGUCUCCAGAGUGGUACAACAAGGUCUUUGGCCAUCUCUGUGCUAUGGAGCUGGCCAGGAUUCGCGAUUCUUUCCCAGUGUUCAAUCCCUGUGGACCAGAAACCAAGAUCUGA